AUGUAUCUUUCUGAGAACCAGCAAAACACAAUCCUCCGGGAACACAAAGCUUUCAUAUUAUGGGGGGAUGGAUUUGGUAUCGAUGAGGGCGAACUUGAAACGGUGUUUCGACAAUCUAGACGCCUGCGGCAUAGAACGUUGCAGCUCUUGUCCACUACAGGCAAGCUACUUUACAAACUUGCCGCACCUCUACUUGCUUUGACAGAAGCCCCAACCCACUCUGAAUUACCCAGCCUUCUUGAAGAAGUCAAAAUAUCUAUCCCACACCAGUAUGAUGACUCGGAUGACUCGGAUGACUCGGAUGACCCCAAAAACUUAGAGAUUAUUUCUCUAUUUAGCGAAAAGGAGAUCUCUGAAACACUCGAAGACCUCAAGAACUACGUACAAUGCCUUAUAGAGCUAAGCCCUUCUCUCGAAAAUCCGGCGAAAGAUCCCGGCUGGAACGAAGCAGUCCGUGCCGUCGAGCAGAAAACAACGUCUUCAAUAUCCCAAAUGCCUGGUUGCGAUGUAUAUUCGCGACUGAUCCAAGAUCGGUUUCCCAAAGCGCCUACUGAGUUAAUCGAGAUGCUUGGAACGCUCAAUUGGAACAGGUUCCUUCGGCUCCAAUCAUUGCGUGACCUCCAUGCAUCUAAGCUCAGUGGCAUGUCUGAUGACGAGUCAGGGCUAGAGUCUGAAGAAGAAUUUCAAGAGCUAGGUUCACGCAAGUCUGGCCUGGCCAAAACUUUCCAUGACUCUGGGUUGGGCACAUCUGUCCCUGCAAAGAGUGCUUAUGCUCCUUCCACGACCACUAGCGUACUCGAGGGAGCUGCUGUCCGCGUUCCACCUUUACCUGAAAAGGGUAAAAUGGGUCUGCCCUUCACAUGUGACGCUUGUGGCAAGACGGUCAUAAUACGAGAGAGGCGCAUAUGGAAAAAACACAUAUACCGGGAUCUUCAACCGUACACAUGCGUUCAUGCGGAUUGUAAAUCUCAAACGGCCGUAUUCAAGGAUCGUCAAGCUCUGAGAAACCACUUCUUAGCUGUUCACAACGCUGACUCCGGAUGCAAUCCACAACAAUGUUCUCUAUGUGACGAAUCUUUUCCAUUGGAGCCUGUUGCUUUUUCAACUCACCUCGCACGACACUUGGAAGAAAUUGCCUUAGCGGCACUUCCACGAGCACUCGAACCCGACUCUGAUAUCGAAGGAAGCGCAGAUUCCGAUGAUGAAUCAGACAUGAUAAAACCCAACGAGCCAGUCACUGUUGAAGUGUCAACGGAGGUUGAUGAUUUAAUACCUACCCAUGAAGGCUUUGAGAGGGCAAUCAGUCUCCGAAACCCACACAUUCAAUCAUAUCUUCUGGACAGAGCCGUUCAAGAACAGAUCCGUCGCUAUGACAGACUUUUGGAAAUGAGAAGCAAGCAUGAAGCUGCAAUCAAAGAUUGCAGUUGCCCAUCCAAACAAUAUUGUUUGGCUUUGGGAGGAAACGCAAAAGAUCUAGGAUUUGGUCUAGAGCACACAUCGGACGAAGACGCAGCAACAGAAACUGCUCAAUACCCGGCCAAUGUUCCACCACCUCCUGUGAAUCUACCAGCUGAGUUUGAAUGCCGGUUUUGCUUCAAGGUCAAAAAGAUCCACAAAGCAUCCGAUUGGACGAAACACGUGUACGAAGAUAUACAGCCAUUCACUUGCACGUUUGCCUAUUGCGCUGUACCGAAAAGCUUCAAACGGAGAGCCGAUUGGGUAAGGCAUGAAAAUGAGCGGCACAGGAAACUUGAAUCCUGGGAAUGCAAUCUUGAAGACUGCAAGCACACAUGUUAUCGCAAAGACAACUUUAUCCAACAUCUUGUCCGCGAGCAUAAGAUUCCAGAGCCAAGAGCAAGAGCAAGGAAGUUAAAUGAGACUUCUGUGAUGAGUGGGGAUAGCUCCGAUAUUUGGGACAUUGUUGAGCAAUGUCGUCGUGACACUACCAGACCCGCGGCAGAAGAGCCCUGUAAAUUUUGCGGUAGGGUCUUUUCUACAUGGAAAACUCUUAUAGCUCAUCUUGCAAAGCAUAUGGAACAAAUCAGCCUGCCUACCCUGAUGCUUCUGGCGAAGAAUCCGAGCCUGCAGCAGUCCGCCUACCAACGCCCGCUGGCCAUGUGGUCCAACGACCCUUCCGAGGACCAGACGAAGCGCCUGGCUGCCUACUACUCAUUGCCCGUCGUGCCGCAUCCCAGAGACGGCCGAGGCGACGACGAAUACCCUCAUGACGAUACGGCAUUAGAACUAGUACCGGGCUACACGUUGUUAGAGGAAGACACAGAUGCCGUACAACACGCGCCCAUGUUCACGACGAUCGGCCCCGAGACGCGCUUCCUCCCCGCCUACGAGUGUAGUUUCGACUUCUUGCACUGUCGCCGCUUCUUCAGCGCGAUAAAUGUACCGGACGGCGACCCAGAACAGGCAUGGCGCACCCACGUCCUCUCGCACUUUAAUGGACAUCCACCUCCACGCUCAGUAUGCUGCCCGUUAUGCGACGACUUUGAAUACACGGAUGCAACGCCUGGGCUCGCCUGGGAUAAACGCAUGGAACAUGUCGCCGAGCACCAUCGUGCGGGGCACACGUUGGCUAAGGCGCGCCCAGACGUCCACCUCUACCAGUAUCUCUGGCAGAAAAGGAUUAUUGACGAUGCAGAAUUGAAGGAGCUUAAAAGUGGCAGCGCAGUGGCAAGUGGUAAUAGUGGUGAGACACUCCAACAUACUCAGGGCAGCCGUAUUGAUGAGCAGACACGCCGGCGUUUGUUGCAUCCGCGCCAGUAA